AUGCAAAAAACCGAAAUUCACUGGUCACCAAAUGAUCGCAAUCAAUUGGCAGAAAUUGGAGCUGAAAUAAUAAUUCAUACAUUUGAUCGACCAUUAAGUGGUGAAAGUGGAAAAUGUGUGUCAGGAGGAACAAAUAAAAAAACGACAAGUCUUAAUUAUCCAUUACAUGAAAAAAAUAAUAUCAAAUGUUGCGCAUGGUGGCCAUCACAAGAAUAUCCGUAUGUUUUUGCUAUUGGACAACCCAAUGGAAGGAUUAUGUUUGAAAACGUUAAAGAUCGAUCAGAUCCAUUGAGUCAAGGAAGAAUAGUAAUUGAUUCUAAACAAGGUCGAUCAUGUGUUGCACUUUGUUGGAAUCCAAAAAUUCCAAAUUUACUUCUAUCAGGUUUUGAUAGAUAUCGUUCAGAUAAUUGUUUAACAAUUUGGGAUAUAAAUCAUAAUGGUGUACCAUCACCAUCAUCACAUCAAAUAGGAGGAAUAGCAUCGUCGUCAUCAUCAAAUCUUGACGAGUAUAAACGAGUCGAUAUAUUAAUGCAUAAUCAACAAGUUUGGAAACCAAUAUUUGAUUAUGGAAUGAGUGAACAAUGUCAUUCAUUAUCAUGGUUUAAACCAAAUGAACGUUGUUUUGCUGCAUGUACAACACAACAUAAUACCAGAAAUAUUAAAAUUUAUGAUCCACGUGCUUCACAACCUGCCGUACUUUCAUUUUCAACAAAAGCUCCGUUUAAUUUGUGUUGUGAUACAAAUGAACGAUAUUUAGCCGCUAGUAUUGAUAAAACAAUUUAUGUUUAUGAUAGUCGUGCGCAUGAGAAACCAGUUAUUGUUCGUGAAGAACAUGAGCCAAUUGUUAAACUUGCAUGGAGUCGAACUGGAUCAUCUCAACUUGGUUAUUGUAUUCGAGAUUCUCCGAAAUUUCUUGUUUUGUCUGUAUCAAAAAAUAACAAGCAUGAUAAUGAUACUUUUGUUCAUCGAAUUCUUCAAUGUCCAAUUCAACGUUAUAGAAUUGGUUUAGCAUCAUUUGAUUGGAAUUAUUUUGAUGAACAUCGUCUUGUUUUACUUAGUGGAAAAGAAUAUUUCGAUUAUGUUAUUCCAUCAAAAUCAAAUAUUUGCUAUUCCCCACAAAAUGGUCUUUUAUGGGCAAAUGAUCACGAGAUUCAUCCAUCUAUAAUCAAUCAAGAUCAAAAUCAAAUAUAUUCCAAAGUUCUUUUUACAUAUGAUUUGUCAAAUGUACAAAAUGAUCGAAGAACUAUUGUUUCAUCGCAAUCAACACAAAAUACAGAAUUAAUUCAAAUGGAUUUAAAAACCAUGUCAAAAGAAAUACGAUCAACUAUUGAACAAAUACAAAGAUGGAUUAAAAGUACAAAUAUUAAUCGAGAUCCAUCUCCAUUUAUUGGAGUGCUGGAAGCGCUUAGAGAAGCUCAAUCAUCAUCACCAAGUGCACCAAUAAAGCAAUCAUGGCCAUCUAUGGGCCAUUCAACAUCAACUAAAACUGUUUUUGAAUCAUCCGAAAGACAAACCGUUGCUCAAUUAUGUGGAUGGUCAAAUGUCGAUUCUAAAUCAGUUGGGUAUGAUCGUAUGUCAUUACUAUUAGAACAAGAUGAAUAUGAAAAAGUAGCUGCACUUUAUAUAUUUCAAAUGAAUGUUAAUCGAGCGUUAGAAAUACUUAAUGAAGGUCUACAAAGAGGUGGAAAAGAAGAAUUAGCAACAUUAAUUCUUGCAUUAGUUGGUUCUAUUCGAGCAACAUCAACAAACAAUGAUGAUAAAGCAUUAAUUAAUGAAUUUUCAUCGGUAACAAAAUUAUUUCAUCGACCCUAUGUACGAGCUAUGUUUGGAUUUAUUCUUACACAAGAUGGAGAAGAUCUUCAAUAUGAAUGUGUUCUUGAUGAACAAUUAGAUCUUAAUGAUAAAGUUGCAUUUGCUGCUCGAUAUUUAAAUGAACAACGUCUUUAUGAUAAAUUAGAUAAAUUAGCUGAAGAAAGUCGAGAAAAAGGCGAUCUUCAAGGAAUUCUUCUUACUGGAUUAAGACAAAAUGGGUGUGAAUUAAUACAGAAAUAUCUUGAUCAAACAAGUGAUAUUCGAACAGCGGCAUUACUUGGCAUAUAUGUUCAAGAAGAUGUUUACCAAGAAUGUCCUUAUGUUCAAGAAUGGAUUGAAGGAUUUCGAUUUCUUCUUGAUGAACUUCAAAUGUGGAAUGAACGUGCUGAAUUCGACAUUUAUCGAAGUCAUGUCACAGGUACAACGCCAUAUCGUCGACAUUAUUUUGAUCGUUCAGCAAAUGCAAAUCAACAUUUUUCGUGUAUUUUUUGUCAAACACCACUUGAAGCUCAUCAAGCUAUGUCUAAUCAAACGCCAACAAUGAUGGGCUUAGCAGGAAAUACAAAUACAACACCGAUUCCGACAACUCCAAUGAAAGUGCAGAACCGAGGAUCACAACAAACAAUUACAAGUCGAUCAUCUGCAUCAUCAUCAUCGGCCUAUCCAACACCGAACUCGGAUAUGUUGAUGGUAUGUGCCAAAUGUCGACAAGUAUUACCCCGCUGUUCAAUAUGUAUGAUGAGUUUAACAACAUACAUUGAAGAUGCAUCAUAUGCAUAUGACCCAUUAAUCGAAAAACAUACAUUAAUGUCAAGUCAAUGGUUUACAUGGUGUCGUCUAUGUCGCCAUGGUGGUCAUGCUGAACAUGUUUCAAAUUGGUUUGCAAUGAAUAAACAGUGUCCUAUCGCCAAAUGUUUAUGUCGAUGUACAUUAAUUGAUGGCAUCUUCUGUUGA